AUGAUUAGAUUUAUUCAUUUAAUAAGUCUAAUCCUUCUUCUAAAUAUUUCAUUCAUUGAAAAUGUUGAUCGCAAUAAUUUUAAAACAUGUGAACAAAGUGCAUUUUGUCGACGACAACGUAAAUAUAAACCUGACACAACACCUUAUGAAGUUGAUCUUAGCUCAAUGAAAACAAUAACUAAUGGACAUUUACAAUUUUCACUUCUUAAUACAUUAAAAUCUCAUGUAAAACUUCAAUUAGAUUUAUAUACACUUCAACAUAAUUCAUUACGUGUUAAAAUUAACGAAAUUAAUCCUAUAAGAAAACGUUAUGAAGUUGAACGUGUACUUGUUAGUGAACCAAAACUUGUUAGUGUUAAUAUAACAAAAUCGGAUAAUAAUCAAAUUGAAGGUCGUUUUGAUAAAACAGCUCGAUUUAUACUUAAUGCAAAACCAUUUCGAUUAGAUUUGUUUACAAAUGAUAUAUUUGUAAUGAGUGUUAAUUCAAAAAAUAUGUUUAAUUUUGAACAUUAUCGAAAAAAACCAGCAUCCGAUGGUGCACCGGCUGAUAAUAACGCAGAAGAUAAUGAAGAUGGUAUGUGGGAAGAAACAUUUAAAUCUCAUCAUGAUUCAAAACCACAUGGUCCAUCAUCAAUUGGUAUUGAUGUAAAUUUUCUUAAUUUUGAAAAUGUUUAUGGUAUUCCUGAACAUGCUGAUGCAUUUUCAUUAAGAUCAACACAUGAUACGGAUCCAUAUCGUUUAUUUAAUCUUGAUAUUUUUGAAUAUGAUAUUAAAAAUCCUAUGGCUUUAUAUGGUGCAAUUCCUUAUAUGCUUGCUCACAAUGAACAUGCAACAGUUGGUUUCUUUUGGUUAAAUGCUGCCGAAGGUUGGAUCGAUGUUUCAAAUGAUAAAUUAAAUACAAAAAAUUUGUUUUCCACUAUAACAAGUUUUUUUGGUACUAAAUCAAAUGAAAAUAAUGAAGUACCCGAAGUAACAACACAUUGGAUGUUUGAAUCAGGCAUUUUUGAUGGAUUCUUUUUUAUGGGUCCAACACCUAAUGAUAUUUUCAAACAAUAUACAGCACUGACAGGAGCUACACCAACUCCACCGCUUUGGUCAAUUGCAUAUCAUCAAUGUCGUUGGAAUUAUAAUGAUGAAGAUGAUGUACGAGGUGUAAAUAAUGGUUUUGAACAACAUCAAAUUCCAGUUGAUGUUAUUUGGCUUGAUAUUGAACAUACAAAUGGUAAACGUUAUUUUACAUGGGAUACAUCGAAAUUUCCUAAUCCAGAAAAAAUGCAAGAUGAUUUAGCUGUUUACGGAAGAAAAAUGAUUACAAUUAGUGAUCCACAUAUAAAAAAAGAUGAUGGAUAUCAAGUAUAUGCUGAUGCAAAAUCACGUGGAUAUUUUGUUAAAUCAAAAGAUGGAUCAGAUUAUGAAGGAUGGUGUUGGCCAGGUUCAUCAAUGUGGCUUGAUUAUUUCAAUCCUGAAAUUUAUAAAUGGUAUUCUCAACGUUAUUCUUAUGAUAAUUAUAAAGGUUCAACACCCAAUCUUUUUAUUUGGAAUGAUAUGAAUGAACCAUCUGUUUUCAAUGGACCUGAAGUCACAUUUCCAAAAGAUGUUGUUCAUUAUGGUGGAUGGGAAAAUCGUGAUGUACACAAUUUAUAUGGUAUGCUUCAACAUAUGGCUACAUUCGAUGGUCUUCUUGAACGUUCAAAUGGAAAUAUUCGUCCAUUUAUAUUAACACGUUCAUUCUUCGCCGGUUCACAACGAACAUCAGCUGUUUGGACAGGUGAUAAUGCUGCUCAAUGGAGUCAUCUUAAAAUAGCUGUUCCAAUGUUAUUAAGUUUAUCCGUAACUGGUAUUGGUUUUAUUGGUGCUGAUGUUGGUGGAUUUUUUUUUAAUCCUGAUGCAAAAUUACUUGUUCGAUGGUAUCAGGCUGCAGCCUUCCAACCAUUCUUCCGUGAACAUGCACAUAUUGAUACAGCUCGUCGUGAACCAUGGUUAUUUGGUGAUGAUAAUACACGACUUAUUCGACAAGCUAUUGAACAACGUUAUAGUUAUUUACCUUUUUGGUAUACAUUAUUUUAUCGACAAGAAAAACAUGGUGUACCACCUAUGUUACCUUUAUGGGCAAAUUUCCCACGUGAUACAAAUACAUUUAAAACCGAAGAUUCAUAUAUGGUUGGUAAUGGUCUUUUGGUUUAUCCUGUAACUGAAGCAGAUAUCAAUCAAGUUUCAGUUUAUUUUCCAGGACAAAAUACAGUUUGGUAUGAUAUACGAACAUUUACUCAACAUAAUGGUUCUGAAACAGCACUUAUUAAUGUUGAUAUGGAAUCUAUUCCUAUUUAUCAAUGUGGUGGUACAAUUAUUCCACAACGAUUACGUAAACGCCGUGCAUCAAUGCUUGCCAUACACGAUCCUAUUACUUUAGUUGUUGCACUUGAUCGAAAUCAUGAAGCUGAAGGUGAACUUUAUUUGGACGAUGGUCAAACAUAUGAUUAUCGUCAAAAACAUGCAUUUAUUCAUCGCCGUUUUACAUUUAAAAAUAAUGAACUCAAAUCAAUAUCUCUUGAUAGCUCAGCUAAGUUUGAAACAGAUGCUUGGAUUGAACGUAUCGUUAUUGUUGGAUAUCCAAAAAAUCCAAGUCGUGUAGAAAUCAAUUCAGGUGAUAAACAAGCCAUUCCAAUUCAUAGUUACCAAGAUGGAUCUCAAGUACUUAUUAUCCGACGACCGGGUCCAGCGGUAACAACUGAUUGGACACUAACACUUUCAUAA